AUAGAGGAGGGUUGUCGCGUCACAGUUUGGGGACGUUGCUACACUGAAGCAUUACAUUUACUCACACCACUACAUUAGAAAUUAUUUUUAUUUUUGAUACUUUGUUUAUAUUUACUUAAGGUAAUCGUUUUUUGAUAUUGUAAAUGUUAUACCAAGCAACUCGUCAUUUCCUUGCAGUCUAAACUAAGCUAUGUUAACUGAAGUGCAUCUGUGAAGUUCCAUACCCCAUUUCCAGGUGUUAUGAAUGACUAUGAGGUUAUCCGGCAGAUCGGAGAAGGUGCGUUUGGGAGAGCCUUACUGGUCAGAGACAAACGGGGAGAUGGAGACAGGAAGUGCGUGGUGAAGCAGAUCGGCCUCAUGAAGAUGUCAGCGAAGGAGAAAGAAGCCUCUAAGAAAGAAGUGACUCUCCUGUCACAGAUGAAACACCCAAACAUUGUUUCUUUCAUCGCUACAUUUCAAGAGCAGGGCAGUCUGUACAUAGUGAUGGAGUACUGCGACGGAGGAGAUCUGCUGAAGAAGAUCAGCAUGCAGAGAGGAAUUCCCUUCUCCGAGGCGCAGAUUGUGGACUGGUUCAUCCAGAUCUGCCUGGGCCUCAAGCACAUCCACGACCGGAAGAUUCUUCACAGAGACAUCAAAUCUCAGAAUAUCUUCCUAACCAGUGGAGGGAUGAAAGUAAAGCUGGGGGACUUUGGUAUCGCAAGAAUUUUGAAUAACACCCUGGAGAUGGCCAGGACUUGUGUCGGGACGCCAUACUACCUCUCACCAGAGAUCUGCGAGAGUCGGCCCUACAACAACAAAACAGACAUCUGGUCUCUCGGUUGUGUCCUCUAUGAACUCUGCAGCCUGAGGCAUCCGUUUGAGGGCAACAGCCUGAGGCAGCUGGUCAGCAAAAUCUGCAGAGGCCACUACGCACCUGUCCCUGGUCGCUACUCCCACGACCUUCGCCUGCUGGUUACCCAGCUCUUCAAGGUCAACCCUCGAGACCGUCCCUCAGUGAGCUCCAUCCUCCGACGUCCAUUUCUAGAAAAGCACGUCGGUAAACACGCCAACGCUCAGAUGAUGCAGGGGGAGUUAAACCACACAGCUUCCCAUCGAAACGGAACUGCAGCUGCAUCAAUAAGAACAGGAGCAUCGAAACCGGCAGUGACCCUCACACACUGCGAUGGAAAACUCGAGAAGAUGCAGAAGGCGAGAGCAGCAGAGUGGGCGGGGCCAGCAGGCAGGAAACCCGCUGCUAAACGGGACCACAGAGCGCCGUUCAGAGUGGUCGCCGCUCCAUACAAACCUCGUCAUCAAAAAGCAGCCAAACCAGCCGCAGACGGAGGAGCGCUAGCAGGGAUUCAGAACUGCGGGUUGGAUGGGAGGCAGGCUGACAGCCACUACCAGCACUAUCACGCCCAACUGGAUGUCAUUCAGAGGAGGAAUAAGGACAUUCCUGCUGGUGUUGCUCCACCUCCGGCUCCUGAUCCUGCGGCUCUGGAGCGAGUCCUGGACGUGAACCUGCAGUACUGGGAACAAGAUGGUCCACUAGUGGAACCAUACCAGCUUGUGGCUGCAGCUCGUAACGAGUACCUGCAGAGGAAACACGAGGCCAGCCUGUAUAAACUGAGAGCAGAAAAACAGCUGGGUCUGCGGCCGUGUACAGCUGAGAAUAAAAGGCAGCCAGGCGGCCAGGAGCAGGAAGUUGGACCACCUGACAACCAGCACUUUCCUCAGGAAAGAAAAUAUGAAGGGCAGCAGGAGUAUCUGCGUCAGCUUGAUCACAUCAGGCAGCAGUAUCAUCAGGAGGUGAGACAGAUGAGACAGAAAGCUGAAUCAGAGCCACAAGAUAAACAAAGAACCUUUGUGGUGGAAAAAGCACAAGAGCCGGAGCCCGCCUCGGAUCCUGAAGAACAGCAGAAGGAAACACCUGCUCAGGACAUGUGGCAGGUCAGAGAAGAAAACGAGGGAAAUUCUCAGAAAAAACCCAAAGAUAAGAAGGGAAUCAUGUUUGAAAUCCGGCUGGAUGAAGAAGAAGAAACAAAGGAGGAGAGGAAAAACGAAGAGAAGCAGGAAGUGGACCCUCUCAAUCGUACGCUAAGCUUCCAGGAAGGCGAGGCGCUGAAGCUCAAAGACUGGUCAAAGGAGAGAAAGGGGUGGAGCCAAAGGACCCCUCAGACUCUGCUGGACGCCCUGGCCAAUAUGGACGUCAGCUCUGCUUACAGCACGGCGGCUGAGCCUUCAGAAGCAGGUCGCAGGCAGUGGACCAGCGGCCCCCCCAGCUCCCUGCUCAACGCUCUGGCUGAACUCACACCAAGUCUGGACACGGGUCAGGCCAAAACACCAACAGACGCUGCGCAGGGAGAGGAGGAGAAGGGAACACAAAGAGAAGAGGAAGAGGACUCGGACAUAGAGAUGGAUGAAGAGCGUCUGGAGUCGAGGUCUGAUGAUGACGACACGAAUUUUGAGGAGUCGGAGGACGAGCUGAGAGACGCCGUGGCGGACUCCAUGAGGAACCUUUACGUCAUGGACGACUCGAGCUCUGGAGGAAACACGCCGGAGACGCAGGAGGAGGGUGAAGAAGCAGAGAGGAAGGACGGAGGAGCAGAUGGCUCUUCAGGUCAUCAGCAAGCCCAAGCAGAGGUCAGCAGGUCAGGGUGUGAAGGUUCACCAAACGGAUGUUUCUCGUAAAUCUGAAGAGUCCCAGACAGACAAGAGGGCAGCUUUAGACAAGCAUCAGGCUGAAAUGAUUCAGUGGUUUGCUAACAGAUUGAUUAUUCUGAAUGAACUGCCUUAAAAUGUGUGAAAGAAGUGAAAAAUCUUUAUUUACUAAAAACAUAAAAAAUAAACUUGUGGCUUACCUGUCAUUUAGUUUUCCAACUUCACCUCUGAUACCAAACAGAGGGAGACACUGAAUGUAACCAGGAUUAUCAGUCACAGAUUGUGAAAUGUACGUCUGUUUACUGUGCAGCACUUUUCAAGUUAAUUUAGACAAAAUAUUGUUUGAGAGAAAAUCAAUGGUCACCUUUCAGUGGAAUAUAUAAUCAAUUUUACAACUUUUCACUUGUGUUUGGACUUGAACCUCAGACCUGUCGUAUUCAUUUCUAUGUUCAAAGUUGAGGAAUAUGUAAAACUGUCUUUUUGUUCUUCUAAGCCACCCAGCAGAACACAACAGUGGCAAAAGGAAAAUAUUAUCAUCAUUUAGCUACAAAUGCUAACAUUGUCCAGUUCUGACCAGUACUGUCCCUUUAAAGCACACAGGCAGCAGCAUUCCUGUUUCUUCCAGCUGUGACGUCUCUGGAGUACUUUAUGCUAGCAAGUUGUGCAAAGGUUAUGCAGAAUCUGUCGGCAGUGAAUGGAAGCAGCCAAAAGUCUCACUUUUAUUCACAUAAUCAGUUCGCAUUUUACUUCUGAUGGGUUUAGUUGCACUAAAGUAAUUGAGCUAUUUUUCCCGAGAACAUAACUUGUCACUAACUCUAAAUGAGUAACUUUACACAUGCCGUAAUAGAAUAUUUGUUGUUUAUUGUUUAUAAACAAAUCUCCAGUAACCAUGAAGUACCUGGCUUCCAUGCAUAUUAUUAUUAUACUUCUGAGUGUACUGUGAGACUUUUACCACAAGGGGGCAGCACACACACAAAAAAAUAUCAGCUGCAUCUUUUACUUUUCUUUUGCGUUUAUUGUGUAUUAUUCAAGUGUAAUUUCCAUUUCUCCAGGACUCUAAACAUUCUCUGUACACAGACUUAAAGAGUAUCGAAGCCUCUUUAAAAAUGAGGGUUUGUAAUACACCUUUUAUUAUAUCAUCAUGCCAAUCAAAAACAGGAAUGCGGGAGGAGAGCAACAACAUCCAGACAAGGUAGAUUUGGCAUUCACCUCAGCUAAACCUUCAUAUUAAAUAUAACUAUAGAGAUUAGACGAAGCAGCAACAAGAGAAAGCCUUUUAACUUAACCUCUAAUGACAGAAAAAUCAUAUUAACGUAACCCAUUUCAUUGUUUUAGAAGUCAGAAAAAAUUAUUCUCUUCAAAAUCAUGUCAGCAUCCACAGUAAAACCCAGAA